ACGUGCAAAUUAUAUAGAGAGGUCUCCGAGGGUGAACAUGUCGCUAUUCCAGCGCUAUGUGACUGUAGAACCGGCUUUGUUUCUUUUCAUGUUUGCAGCGUUUAUGUCGUAUCCUCUUAUGUACGAGCUAGUCAUGAAGAGAGUUUGUGAUGAACACAAUUGCACUAUCAGCAGCGAUUUGCCUAAAAACUCAUCAUCACACGGUUGCCCUCACGUGCCGUCUGCCAUCAAAUCUCGUGUGAUACACGAGACGUCGUUGUGGAUAUUGUACAUCAACAUUGCAAACUCCCUUCCAUCUAUCAUGGCUGCACUAGCUACGGGGGCGUGGUCAGACAGAGUGGGUAGAAAGGUUGUCAUGAGUUUUCCGGCUGUUGGUCUUUCAGUCAAUGCAUUUUUUGUUCUUCUCGUGUGGUAUCUUCAUUUGCCUUUGGAGGUUCUGUUUGCUGGUCAAAUUUUGAGUGGUUUCAUGGGGGGAUAUGGCACAUUCAACUUGGGAAUGUUUGCUUACAUGUCUGAUAUCACAUCUACAGCUUAUAGAACGACGAGAAUUGGCAUAUUGGAAUCAAUGAUAUUUCUUGGUGGAAUGUUGGGGAAUAUUAUUGGAGGGUUAUGGGUGAGAAGUGGUAAUUUUGCGCCUGCAUUUUGGUGCAUUUUUGCAUGUGGUAUUGCAGUAUUGUUGUAUGUCAAUGUAAUUGUACGAGAAUCUCGGCCGAAGCGCAGAUGGUCAUACCAGCAGCACAAAUGCAAGGCGUUUUUCAGGUGUAACAACUUGGUCAAGGCCUUCAGCUUGUUCGUUCGAUUUCAAUAUCCAUAUUGGCCACUUGUUUUGGCAAUUUCUGUAUUUGUUUUGGUUUCUAUUAACUUUGCUGGUAUCAUUGAUGUUGUUACUCUAUAUGUCUUUGAUUGGCCACUGUGCUGGUCAUCUAAGCAAUUGGGAUAUUUUCUUGCGUCAAAAAUGGGAAUGAAUGGUGUUGCUAUUCUCUUGUUUUUGCCUUUGUUGAAGAAAGUUGGACUUUCAGAUUUGGCAGUAAUAAACAUUGGACUUGUAUCUGGUGUAGCAUCUCUUAUACUGAUGGGUCUUGCAUCUCACGCAUGGAUGAUGUAUCUUGUUCCUGUAGUUGGUGCUUUAAGAGGCAGUGUUGUACCUAGUCUCAGAUCUCUUAUGUCGAAGAUGGUCAAUGAGAACGAUCAUGGUGCUUUGUUUGCCGCUGUUGCAUGUUUUGAGGUCUCAUGCAGUUUGCUAGCAACAAUCAUAUUUAACAACAUGUAUCCAGCAACGAAUCAUCUUUUAACUCCUCAUGGUGUUUGCUUCUUCUUCAUGUCUGGGAUGCUGGUGAUUGCCAUGAUUGUCACAAUUGUUUUAAGACAAGGCUGGUAUUCAAGCGGUGACGACAGUCUACCAGAGAGGUUCAAUGUCAAUGCAGAUUAUGAUACACUUGGCGAUCAGGAUGGCAACGUCAGGAAAAGUUCAACCAGUGACAGCGUGAGUUGUAUGUCAUCAAAUGUUAUCAGAGUAUAGCGAGAUCUGGAUUUUGAGAAUAGAGAGUACUUGAAAGUCGUAAUACGUAUAAGUAUACAGCAACAGUAGUGCACUGUGUGUGUACUUUCUACAUGUAUAUAAAUACUUGCAGAGAGUGCCACCUUCAAAUCAACGAGAGUGAAAUUGUGAAUACAAUGUUU